GCUUUCCAGUCCAGUAAACCCUGCAUAUAUCCACAACAUUUAGUUACACUUUGCUCGGGGUAAACACAGCUGAUGUAACUCACCAUGCAGGCUCUUUCAGCUUCAAACAAGUCCAGCAAGUCAACUAUGACACCUGAUGAUGAAGACUCGCAAAACGACAUGCCAACUGUGUUUUACUCAGAGUCGAAGGCCUUUAGCUCGCUAUCACGUCAUGUCGUUAUAGUUUUGCGCUCGUAAAGAAUCUUCACGGAACUCUUGUAGGAUACCGACACGUCAUCCUAAAGUUACUAAAGUUUUCUAAUGAGUUGAACUAGGACACGCAACAUAUUCUUUGGAUUAUUUGUACUUAUUUUGUUUUGAUCUGCAGCUAAUUUGAGCAGCGAUCUCCAGUGAUGGAGAAGGGGGAGGUGUCGCCUGCGGCUGAGCCGGCAGAUGGUGCACUGGGCGGAGCGCCGAUGUUAGACUGCACAGGUGCUUGUUGUCAUGGAGGAGCAAAGAUGGCGGUCCUGGCCUAUAGCCUGGGCAAACGAGAAAUAAAUCAUCAUUUCACGAUCAAAAAUGCAAAAUUGAUAUCGCUGGUAGUCGUCAUCAUACUCCUCGUGUUUCACACAGCUUUGCGGUACUAUGGAGGCGGAGACUCAUGUGAACGGCUGCUGUCCACAGGACGCUACUUGGGAGAGAACGUAUGGCAGCCGUCUGGCUGCAUGAUGCACAAAUACAAAAGCAUUGAAGCCAAAACCUGCCUUGCUGAAAAGCGAGUGGCCUUUAUCGGGGAUUCACGAAUCAGGCAGCUCUUUUACUCCUUCAUCAAAAUUAUUGACCCUUCGCAAAGAGAAGAUGGAAACAAGCACGCAGAUAUUUCUUUUGAAGCUGACGGUUCCUCUGUCAAUGUGGACUUUCUGUGGUAUCCAGAGGCAAAUAAUUCAAUGAAGGAGCGCUUGAUAUCAUGGACACACGAAGGUUCAGCAAAGCCCGAUGUGGUCAUCCUUGGAGCCGCAACAUGGUCCAUCAGGUUUCACAGUGGCAGCAGCGAGUCGCUGCAGCAGUACAAAGUCAACCUGACAGCCAUUGCUGUGCACCUGGAGAAGCUGACUGACCAUGGAGAGGUCUAUUGGGUCGUGCAAGACCCAGUUAAUGAGCAGGUGUUGAGUGAGAACAGGAAAAUGAUCACCAAUCAACAGCUGGAGCUGUACAAUGAGGCGGCGGUGGACGUGCUCAACAGCAGCAAGCGUAACGGCAGGUCCCGGGUCAAGCUGUUGGCUGCGUCCCGCCAGGCUGCACUGGAAACCAUCGCCCAGUCAAACGACGGCUUGCACCUGCCUGAGAGCACCAUGAAUGUGGGCGCCAUGGUGCUCAUGAACUCUCUGUGCAACAAGCUCCUCCGGCCCAUCGACGGCUCCUGCUGCCAGACGUUGCCGCCCCCAAACCUCCUGCAGAAGCUGUCCGCGUGUUUCUUCGUGGGCUCGGCCGUGGCCUUGCUGGUCCUCCAUGUCCUCGGCAACAACCAUCACCGCCGGCCUGCGUCUCCGGACGUCGAGAGCCUCGAGGAGAAGAAGCCGGCGACCGCAGCCGCCCCUCUGAGUCCAAAGGCGCCGUUCCAGGCCCUCUGCAAGAUGGGCAUCAUCAUGAGCUAUUUUUACCUUUGUGACCGAGCAGACGUGUUCAUGAAAGAGCAAAAGUUCUACACCCACUCCACGUUCUUCAUCCCUCUUAUCUAUAUAUUUGUGCUGGGAGUGUUCUACAAUGAAAACACCAAGGAGACCAAAUUACUCAACCGUGAACAAACAGACGAGUGGAAGGGCUGGAUGCAGUUGGUCAUCCUCAUCUAUCACAUCUCUGGAGCCAGCGCCUUCAUUCCAGUGUACAUGCAUGUGCGGGUGCUGGUGGCAGCGUACCUCUUUCAGACCGGCUAUGGACACUUUUCCUUUUUCUGGCUUAAAGGAGACUUUGGACUGUAUAGAGUAUGCCAGGUACUUUUCCGCCUCAACUUCCUGGUCUUGGUGCUGUGUGUCGUAAUGGACCGACCCUACCAGUUCUAUUACUUUGUCCCAUUGGUCACCUUCUGGUUCGUCGUCAUCUACGUCACGCUGGCCAUGUGGCCUCAGAUCCUUCAGAAGAAGGCAAACGGGAGUGGCUUGUGGCACCUUGGGGUCUUGGCGAAGUUACUCAUCCUCUUGCUGUUCAUCUGCACCUUUGCCUUUUCCCAGGGUUUCUUUGAGCGAAUCUUCUCCAUUUGGCCCAUCUCUACACUCUUUGAGCUGAACGGGAGCAUCCAUGAGUGGUGGUUCAGAUGGAAGCUGGACCGAUUUGCGGUGGUACACGGCAUGUUAUUCGCCUUCAUCUACCUGGUGCUUCAGAAGUGCCAGGUGCUGUCGGAGGGCAAAGGAGAGGCGCUCUUCUCUGCCAAGAUUUCCAACCUGCUCCUCUUCCUCUCUAUCGUCUCCUUCAUAACCUACUCGAUAUGGGCCAGCAGCUGCAAAACCAAAACCGAGUGCAACGAGAUGCACCCUUACAUCUCCGUGGUUCAGAUGUUGGCCUUCAUUCUCAUCCGAAACAUUCCUGGCUACGCUCGCUCUAUCUAUAGCUCAUUCUUUGCGUGGUUUGGAAAGAUCUCCUUGGAGCUGUUCAUAUGCCAGUACCACAUCUGGCUGGCAGCAGACACCAAGGGAAUUUUGGUCCUGAUCCCAGGAAACCCUUCACUUAACAUCAUGGUCAGCUCCUUCAUCUUUGUUUGUGUGGCUCAUGAGAUCUCCCUCAUCACCAAUGAUCUGGCCCAGGUGGUCAUCCCCAAAGACAGCGUGGCCCUGCUGAAAAGACUGGGGGCCGUUGGGCUCCUCAGUCUAGUUGUAUUAGUGCUGGCCAAAGGCAGCCAGCCCACACCCGGUGACUGAUGGACACUUUUUGAUAGGGCGGGGGGGGGGGGGGGAAGGGGCGGAGCACAACACAACACAAUAGACCUGCCAAGCUCCCUGCUGAAUUUGAGGUGAGGUCCAUGAGGUCCAGAUCCAAGCAGGAGCAGGCCCGGUGUUUUAGCUUACUGGGGGCCACAGGAGACGCCCUCGACUCUGUUGAGUGACCACACAGGGACCUGUGGGAGGGCCGUGUCUCUGCUGGCCGUGUGGCAGCAGACUCUGUACUGUGACUGCUGUGAAAGUCGCACACUGAAUAAACAAAAUAAAUGCUCCAAAAAGCGGUUGCUCCUUUCAGGGCAAAUUGCAAGAGAGAAAAUAAUCUGGAUUCAAUAGAAGAGCAGAGGAGACAUUUGGAGAUGUGGAAUGAUAUGUAACACAAAAAGAGGUUCUUCAUUUUAAGACCUCACGCUUGCUGUGGAUAUUUGCAGCGUUGCUUCUAUUUAGCCCAACACUAAUAAGAAAACAUUAUUUUGUCACAUGCAGAACUUCCCCUCAUAACCUCACUCUGGAAGGGAUCAGUAGGCACACACUCCGUCCAUAGUGACAGUUGAAGGUGUUUUCACUCAGGAUCCAUAUUCUACAUAUUCAGAUAUCUAAAAAAAAAAAAAAAAAUUCAAGAAAUUCUGUGCUGCAUUUUUACUCAACUUUUUUUUGGUACAGUAUUUCUGAGAACAAUAAAAUAGCAUAGGUAUCUAAAUAUGCAAAAUAUGGGCCAACAACUGGCUUGGGUUACCGAAAACGGUCGAGACCAAAAUGAAAAUUUGGAGCGUAAUUGUUUAAAAGUUGGAUUAUCAUAUUUUUGCUCAUGAUUUGUGAGUGAUUUUAGAAAUGUUUGCCUUGUGCUGAAAGGUACCGUGGUCACCUGCUGUAGCUCUGAAAUUCUAUGUGAUAUGUACAGUAUUUAAUGAUUUAAAUUAAGCUUAUAUUUUAUACAGGUUUUGUUUGGGGGCUUUGUUUAAUUUUGUACUUGGCGCUCAUGACUGCUGUUUGUGAAGGAAGUAUUACAUGGAUCAUUUUGUACCCAUCCCAGCAGCUCAUCGAUGAUCACUCGCCUCAGGCGCAUUGCGGAGGUCGAGCCUUUACGGUGUGACACGCGUCUGUCCGAUAAGCUCACUUUGGAGUCCGUGUAUAUUUGUAUGUCAGUGAGAGACUUUUAUUUUAUACAGCAACGCUUCUGCAGGGUCAUUAAAUACAGGCCUCACGAGCUCUGGUGGAAAAUGCACUGGCCUGCACAUUUUAUUGUACAUUAGGAAUAACCGCUAAACAUACAUCCUCAGUGAAUGAAAAAGAGAUUUCUUCGAGCGAAUGCCUUCGAACAUGUGGCUCACGCACACUGAACAUCUGGGACGUAGCCCGGAGGCACUUUGCAUCGGGGCUAGCUCGACUUUUAAAACAACCACUACGAGAUGCGCUGAAUGAGAUGAGGGUACCUGUCCCUUCACGGAGAACGGUGUAUGUUCUGUCUCUUUGCCGAUGUAUAUCCUCACAGGUAUUUAGAGAGAGAGAUAACCACUUUCAUUUUAAGACCUGCAUUUUCUUUUAAACUUUGCAUUAAAAUACAAUGUUUAACAAGGUACCAGUGCAGAUACUUUCUAUACUUUAGCACAUUUUUACGAGGUACAUGUUUUGUCAGUCACUUGGCUAAUGUAUAUUGUACAAUCUAAGCUACAUCGCUUAUGAAUUAAACUUUUUUCAUUCACCAAGGGGUAGUAAAAGAUUGCUUUCUCAAUCGUUUUUUAUACAUUUAUGUAGCUUCUGACUAAAGGAAAUACACAAAGAAAUAAUUUCUUUAUGGUUGACCGAUUUGAUCUUCUCGUCAUUUGUCUGAUGAUCUGCGGCCUCCGCUGUGUUCUCUGAAUGAGUGAAGUACAUUUGUAAUCGCUGUAACCAGUCACCUCAUUGUAUUGAUGAAAAUGGCAUUUCCUUGUUGCAGUUUCUGUUUAUGUGAAGUUUACUGAUCUGUGUUUUGUCUUGGUGAUCAACAGCUAUACAUUUGGUAAUUGUUUCAGGCCUUAAUAGAUCUUUUUGGUCACAUAAAAGCAACAACUAUUUAUACUCCGGUGCAGGGCCUCUUUGAAAUAUGUUACAUGUACAUUUUUUUUGUGACGUCUUAAAAAUGUGAAAUGUGUCCAUUAUUUAUAAAUGCCUUUAUUCUGUUGUACAUUGUUAAUAAUACCUUCAUAAAAUUGUUUUUUUGGACAAACAUA